AUGUCAGUGCACCUGACUUUAAAUCCAGAUGAAGACCAUGCCGGAGGGCCUUCUAAAACCAGUGGGACUACUGCUGCAGGACCACAAACACCUGGAGCGGAACAACAGGGCCCAGAGCACAGGAGGACGGAAGAAGAGAAGUGGGAAGAGGAUGAGAAGCAAGAGAAGGAGAAGGAGAAAGCAACCAGCUCAGCUGCCUUGGAGCCUAGCACUUUGCUAUGCCUGGGAGACAGAGAGCGAGAGGGAGAGAAAGGAGGUGUAGCGUCCGAGAGCGAGGGAACUGAAGGGGAUGAGGAGGAGGAGAGGGAGGCAGAGAGGAGAGUAGGGAGUCCAGAGCUUCUGGAGGGACAGGAGAGCCAGCCAGAGAGUGAGCGAAAGGCAAAAUGGAGAGAGAGCAUGCCGGAGGGAGAGAGAUGGAGGGAUGAUGAGGUGGAGGGAGGCGAGGAAAGGGAUGGUUCGCUUGCAGAUGAUGAGGAAGAGGGGGAGGAAGGCCCAGUGAAUUGGAUGCCAGAGAAGGUUGCGCAGGUCUUCACUCCGACAGUGAUAGUGCGUCCAUCUAGCAAACGGGAGGAGUUCCCACUCGAAAAUAGCCACUAUGGGGAGAUGGACACUGAGAGUCCUUUCUUAGAGCCCCAGACACAUACAGCCCCACCAGUACACUACUACCCACAGUGGACAGAGGAUCCGGACAACCACACACGUAUGUACCAGUGCCGGACCAAUACCAUUAACACUAAUUGGGGUCAGUUCCAUUUAAGUUCUAAUCAGUUUAGGGAUUGAAGUGCAUUCCUAUGAAAAAAGACAUUUGUCAUUAUGUAAAAUGUUCAAUAUACAGUAUAUCAACACAACUGGAUUCUAAAAAAUGUAGGUUACAUGAUCGUUUAUCUGAGCCUUUCCCCUCUGAUUAGACAUGUUUUAGCUCUAAUGGCUCCCCAAUGGUGGAACCAGGUUCCCCCUGAAGCUAGGAAAACAGUCACUGCCCAUCUCUUGAAAACAUCUGAAACCCUGCCUUUUUAAAGAGUAUCUUAAAUAAUCCCACAGCAGCACCUCCUCACCCCUUACAUUGCUGAUAGCUACUUUAUUGAGGAAAAAUGUACUUACUGUGAUAUGUGGUUGUCCCACCUAGCUAUCUUAAGAUGAAAGUUGCUCUGGAUAAGAGUGUCAGCUAAAUUAAUAAAAUUAAAAAAUGUAUAUCUCUUUCAUGUUGUGAGAAAUUGGUAUGAAAAUGGUAAUGUAAAAUAUGAGGUACUAUAAUAAGAGGAAGUCUAUAGAUAUUUCCUAUUGUCAUUGACCAAAGAAAUGGGUGUAGUUUUAUUAGAUUUUUUCUUUUACAUUUCUUACUUCAUUUUUAUUAAUACUUUUUGAGUUUUUAUUGUAUUUUAAAAACAAACUGUUCCCCUUGUUUGGCUGUAGUUUUAUUGAACCCAGAAUCCUCUGUUAUUUAGAUAUGUGUGGCGGUGUUUGUGGGGAUGUUCUGAAACUUGGCCUGGGCAUUGGUGCUGCAGCUGUUCUCUUCCCUCUACUUGUGUGGGGCGGCUAUGCCCUUUUGCCCUUUGAUGCCCCGCCACUGGACAGCGCCCCUCUCAGGCUGGUGUACACACUGCGCUGCUCCUUCUUUGCUGUCAUACCCAUCAUGCUAGGUAAGACUGUGGACUAAUAGGGUUGGGCUGUGAUAUGUUAUCACCUUUUAGAGAUUAUUGAAUAGACUCUAAAUGUUUGUUACUUCUUUACUCUUGGUAAUGCUAAUGUUUUUAGAACUUUUCUGGAACUCUCCCAAUCAUCCUCUACCUUUGGCCCUCCCUGCACUGUCUUCCUCUUCCCUCCACCCAUCUCUUCUCCUCCCAUCUUUCCCCUCCCACCCCCUCUCCCAGGUGUGCUGGUGCAGGGGGUGGCGCGUCUGCGCUACGGCUCCCUGACGCCCGUCUACGAGGCCAAGGUGGGGAAGGAGAGCAGGGAGGUGGCGGUCCACCGGAACUACGUGGGCGACUCGCUCUCCCUCUUCCUGCUCUACUUCCUGCAGCUGGCCGUCAUGGCCACCUACAUCAGCCAGGACCUGCUCAAGAUGGUGCCCCUGCUCACCAUUGUCUUUGCCUUCGGCAGGUGAGUGUCUGUCUGUCUGUGUGUUUCUGUAUGUUCACUACUCAGUCUCAGUUGUAGCAGUGCAUUCUACAUUGUAUGUUUAUGUUUAUUUGUGUGUGUGUUUGGUUAUGCGCAUUCAAUCUGCAGUUAGCAGAGAUGCAGCCGAUGUGGAAUCACUAGAUCGUUUUGAGAUUGGGCAUGCGUAUGCAGUGCAGUCAGCCUAAAACGCAGCAUUGUUCCCUUUCUCAACAAGGGCAAUGGCUUUUGUGGAGGGAUUGGUAACGUUGCUUCGUUGGUGCGGCAUGGGUUGUGUUGUGCAGAAAGGGCCUGGUGUGUGUGCGUGCAUGGGUAGUAGUAUUCCCUUAUCUCUAGUGUUCCCUCAAAUGUUUUUGGGCACUGAGCAGAUUUCAGGUCUGCUGAGCACAAACUUGAACGUUGUGAAAAUUCUGUGCAACUUCCAGCGCGUGUUUACUGAGAACACUGAGGCUAUACAGUGGUCCUCUGUAGCUCAAUUGGUAGAGCAUGGCGCUUGUAACGCCAGGGUAGUGGGUUCGAUCCCCGGGACCACCCAUACGUAAAAAUGUAUGCACACAUGACUGUAAGUCGCUUUGGAUAAAAGCGUCUGCUAAAUGGCUUAUUAUUAUUAUUUAAGUUACAGUUUUAACAGUGGCCUGAUCAUUUAGGCCUAUCAGAGUGGCCUACCAUCAAAAACUAUGGAGAAAAUGCAUCCCAUAACAUUUUAACAUGGAAAUAGCUGUUCUAUCAUUCAGCCUACAGUAGCAGCCAAUGUUGUUUGUUCUGUGUAAGCCUACAUUCCAUGAGACUUUUGAAAAAAACAUGCAGGGCUUGACAUUAACCUGUUUAUCCAAUGAAAAUGUUGUUGUGUGUUUUGAUGCAAGAAACCACUUUACAAAAUAAAAUGCAUUAUUAUUCCCAUACCAUUAUUACAGAGAAUCAGACAAAUUAUGCUACCCUCUGCCUAUUGGCUACUUAGCUUAUUCAAGCCUGUCUCAAAAUACAACACUGCCCCUUUAAGACAAAUAAAAGCUCUUUACCUGACUCGCUUUUCAAAGAAAUGUACAUGUUUGUGCUCUUGUAUGAAGCAAUCACUCUCUUAUUGCUGACCACAAAUUAUCUAUAACUGGGCUAAUAAUUCACUAACUAGCAAAGGAAAUGAACAAAAUGUGCAGGUGCAAAGCGAGAGCUACAUGCAGCUCUCGCUUUGAUCUGAAAACAAGCGCAUCUACUCACGACCGCUCAUGCUGUAAACACAGUCCAGUUCAAAGUAAAUGGCACAGACCCAUAUGGCAAUGGUCUAUUUGCAUAUAGGGCUACUGCAGCUCUGAUUGUUUAUGCUGCUUGUUAAUGCAAUAGAAUCCUACUCUGAUGCGUUCUGCCUACAACAAAAUCUCUUGCAUAGUUUGUUUUGUUUCGGUGUGUUGCAUUGAAAGUGGCUAAUAUUGCGUUGAUUAGAUCACAAUUGCCACAGUCAAGGGAAACAUUGAUAGUGUUAACAGGGAAAACUCUAAAACAGUGGUCACCAACCUUUUUUGAGUCAAGAUCACUUUCUGAGUCAAAAUGCAAGCCGAGAUCUACCGCUCAGAUAUUUUUUUACAUGGCUUAAAAAACGUAAGCCUCUGCAACAUUAACCAAUUAAAAACAGUUCUGUAGCAAUUAGGUUUUGUGCAGUAAGCUAUAGGCCCAAUACAUUACAUUAUCACUGCAUAUUGGCUUUGAGUGAAUUGCCCUGCCAAUGCAUUGUUGUUCUGGCCAAAAUUUGAGGUAUGCUAAAUGAUCACACCUGUAAUAGAUCUGUUGUUGUAUUACUUGUGAGGCACAGCUGAGUAAGCAUACAUUUAAAUAAUUCGCUUUUUAUUAGCAUUUUACUGGGCUGAUUGUACCUACAUCUGAUGGUCAGUCUCAGCGGAGGGAGAGAGCAGCAGACUGAGGGUCCGCCUCUCAACAUCCCUCCACUCUCCCUUUCCUCCACUGACACUGACCAAAAAGGGACACCGUCUUCCAGCUGAUGGCGAAACUCGUCGCACCGCAUUAUUUCUGCCUCAUGCACAAAUUCAUGUUGUUACUCCUAUGAACAGAGAAAGUGAAAUGUUCCUCGAAAUAAAAAAUAACCCAAGCUGCUAAUAAUAACAACAACGCAAGCCUAUAGAUACACUUUCCUACUCAUUCAUUACUGCUGCAGUGCUUGUUUUAGCGCUGAGUGGAAAUAGGAAGAACGCGCAUUUUAUGUUGACAGUGCUGAGUAAGAACUUAAACGAACUCACUCAUCAAAACAGCAGCUCUGUACUGUAUUUGUUGAGUCUCUCUCUAGUCAUGGUUUUGAACGUUUUGAAAUCUCACAGUAUCAACUUUGCUGUAGCUUUCUUUUAUGCCUGCUACGUUACUGCAGAAACGAUUGGCCAGCGGUAGGCCUAUUGUGCACUUGAUUUGCUCUCCAGGCCCACCGGGAAGGCAGAGUUUGUACCUUCAGACACAUGAAAUGGUUCAAAAUGGCAACAGUUGCCUACCCGGCGUGCAGGGCAGCUGAUUCGGGUUCACCUACUGGCAACAGCCCAAGACAAAUAAAACAAAAAAUAGGAACACAAGGCUUUAUCGUUGGGUUUUUUGCAGAAAUGUUCUAGAAGUUGAGUGAAAUUCAAUCUCGUGCUUCUCUCUGCGGGCUGAUAUUUCUUCUGCGCGGCAGUCCCAGAGGGAACAUUGCUUAUCACCGAUUCAUACUUUCACCCAACAUUGUCAUCAUUAUCUUUUCUAACCUUAUAUAAUGUCUGUAAACACUUGUUUACAUACAUUCUCUGUAUAUUAUCUCCAUGUUCUCUGACCCAUAGAAUGAUCUGGUGUUUGUCUUUCUGUAUUAGUUUCUUGAGCCUUCUGUGGGAGAUUUGAAUUUGUCUUGGCAGGAAGUAUCUUCAAAUGACUAUGCAGUCUACCUUAAAAGUUAGACUGUGGCAGUAUGACAGCACUUACUAAUAUUCACUGAAUAUGGGUGAGUUCGUUUAACAAGGAGUUUGCAGAUUUUAGACCAUUUCAUUGGUCCUUAUGUGAAAUCUACACCCACCCGGGGCACUGGGCUAUGCAAAACUCACCCCAUGUCCCUUCUUCUUCUUUUGGCUGAUCUACUGGGUUUGUGUGACCCAAUUGGCUGAUCUUGUUGUGAUCUCUCACCCUACAGGCUGAUCUACUGGGUCUGUGUGUCCCUAGGCAGCAGUGUGAGGGCUUUGGGCUUCGGCCUCUCCUUCCUGCCCAUACUGGUCAUGCUGGGUGCCAACCUCUACUUUGUGUGCUCAUCACUCAGUGAA